CAGCAAGAGCGAGUGAUGGAGCUGUCAUCACACAGCAGCUGUGGGAGCAGGGCGGGUGGGGCAGGAUGCCGGGGUGGGGUGGGUGGAGCCAGGGCCACUUCCUUUCCCCCUGGGGCCCAUCUGCCCAGUCCUGCCCCAGCCUCAGGAGGAGUUGGAGUGGUCUGGUCCCAGCCCUGUGCCCUCAUCAACUUCCCCUCCCUCAGGUCUCCGCUCCUGCUCACGCCUGUGGCCAUGGGAAUGAUCCUGCUUCUCCUCCUCUUUGGGGGCGUCUGGACCCAAGAGAUGAACCCAGAGCUUGUGGACCUCGCGACCACUUUGGGGAUGUCUGCACCCACAGGACCCUCUGCUUCUUUGACCCCAACUUCUUUGCCCCCAAACCUCAGCGUAGUGACCCCCAGUCCUGCAACAGCCAGAGUCCGCGAGGACAGCAAUGGCACCGGGCCCCAGAUCUCCCCACCUUCUUCAGCUUCCUAUACAGCCAAUGAGGCGUUCUUUCUCGGGGCUUCCACUACUGCCGGUGGUGACCUCCAUGUACCUGAGCCAUCGGUCUCUGGGGAAGUUGCCACCAAGAAGUCAUCAAACCUGGAAACUAAUGCUCAAUCACUAGAAGACUUUCUGGAACUUCACAUUAUGACUGAUGGAACCACGGUAACCGGCUCUCUGGAGACCUCUGAUGUCACCAGGGGGCCCUCCGCCACCAUGGGGACUGGCUCUCCAGAGACCUCUGAUGUCACCUGGGGACCCUCCGUCACCAUGGGGACUGGCCCUCCGGAGACCUCUGAUGUCACCUGGGGACCCUCCGUCACCAUGGGGACUGGCCCUCCGGAGACCUCUGAUGUCACCUGGGGACCCUCCGUCACCAUGGCGACUGGCCCUCCGGAGACCUCUGAUGUCACCUGGGGACCCUCCGCCACCAUGGCCGCUGGCCCUCCGGAGACCUCUGAUGUCACCUGGGGACCCUCCGCCACCAUGGCCACUGGCCCUCCGGAGACCUCUGAUGUCGCCAGGGGACCCUCUGCCACCAUGGCAACUGGCUCUCUGAAGACCUCUGAUGUAGCCAGUGUAACCCCUCUCACCAUGGCAACUGGCUUUCUGGCGAGUCCUAAGGGGCCCAGUGGCUUCCCCACCUCCUCGGCAAAAACACCCCCCAUUUCUACAGGCACAGGCAGUAGGCAUCCCUCAUUAGUUCCCAAGAAAAAUGGCACCCUGCUGGUGGCUGUGGUUGUGGCCCUGGUGAUGUUCACAAUCCUUGUGACCCUACUCCUGCUGUGGCGCCGGCGGCAGAAGAGGAGGACAGGGGCCCUGAUACUAAGCAGGGGAGGAAAGCGCAACGGGGUAGUAGAUGCCUGGGCUGGGCCGGCCCAGGUGUCUGACGAGGAGGCCCUGACAGCAGCAGCAGGCGGGUCUGGGGGCGGGAAGGGCCCCGGGGUCUCCGAGGGGGAAGCGUCUGGCCAGCGGCCCACACUCACCACUUUCUUCGAUAGACGCAAGUCGCAACCGGGCUCCUUGGAGCUGGAGGAGCUGAAGGCCAGGCCGCCCCCCGUCCUAAACGGGGAGGAGGAGCCGCUGGUGGGCAGCAAGGAUGAGGCUGUGGAGGCCCCUGCUUCGCAGGGGCCAGAGGCCGGAGAUGUGGAGGCCCCUCCGUGCUUGUGAAAAACAGGAGCGCAGGUCAGAAUGGCUCCCAGCCUUCACCACCUUCCCUCCUAUCAUCGCCUCCAGCUUCCUUGUCACGCAGCAUCGUCUGGGUCCUCACCCUGUAUGUUCAUCCCGAGCCCUCGUCCGGCUUCUCAACCCCAGGUCUCCCAGGCGGCACCCACACCCCUGGAACCAACAGACUUUCCUCAUCAAUCCCAACUGGUCCUCAUCACCCUCUUCUCCACGUUUUUGUCCUUGAAAGCAGCUGCUGAGUCUCCACAAUGCCAAACUUCCUUGGCCAAUGCCGUCUCAGAGGACUCCCCAGGGACACGGGAGUCUAGGAAGGAAGAUGGGGACAACCCAGCAAACUCUCGCCGAGGAUUGCUCUGGAAAGUGCUUUUGGCCCCAUAGAUUAGGACAGUCCUACCGGCUCAGCCCACGAACCUGCUUUGACACUGCGCAGUGCUCCGUGCCCGGCCACUGGCCACCAGAGCAGGGACUGGGGGGCGUCACCUAGCUGUGCUCUCGGAUCCUAGGCUGGCGCCUGGCCCACACUCCCCACCCCCUACCUGUGGAUUGAGGCGGCAGCUCCUUCUCCCCCACCGGGGGCAGAGGUGAGAAAAGUUUCCUGGCGGGUGCAGUCUUCCAGAAACCCUGGCACCCGCGUGUGUCCUGUCACGGGCGCAGCUUGCGUGCAAGAGGCCAGGCCUGGCCGCGUUUGUGCAGGUGGCGGUGAGUAGGGCCGGCGUGUGGAGGGGACAGGAGCUGCCAAUCCGAGGAGCCCCUGAGAACAUCUGUGUCCUCAUCUUGGUUCAGGUGGGCUGGAGGCGGCAGAAGAUUUAGCCAUAUCUGUAGCCCAAUAAAGAGCGUGGGGCUUGAUAGAC